AUGACGAGGUAAGAGAGAGAGAGCGUUGAAAAAGUGGGAGGAUUACGACAGAACUUUUUCCAGAGAUCGUGGAUACGUCGUAACGUUUCAAGAUGGAAAAUUGGCGAACAGAUACCUGGCAGCUCAGAGGAAUUCACGCUGAGAAAAUAUAAAGAAGGGCUUGGCAAGAGCUAUAGUAGAAUAGUCCUGUACCUUGAAAGUGGAAACGCUGGACUGGGCUAGAGUUGACACACAAUGGUGGAUUAAUAGGCGAUAAAUUUUUCUAAAAUACAAUCCAAUUAUUUCCGGGGUAGGGGAUUUGCUAACAUGGUUUUUAUCCCCAGCCCUGGGAAUUUGUCGUAUAUUUCAAAAAAUUGGAACAAGCCCGGGGGGGGGACGGGCAUGCUGGGAUUUGACUGAUACAUUUGUUUGCAAUCAAUCUGGGAGUUGCUUUUCAGAUACAUUUGCAGGGAGCUUAUUUGAGAGGGGUGGGGGCUUUCCUCAAAUAUCCUCUGUUAUAAAUUAAUUUAUAUCUCUCAUUUCCAUAUCAUUUUAGAUCUAUUGGCUUGGAUGAGGAUAGUGCUGUGAAACAGGCAAUAGAUGAAAGCAUUCAACAACUUGGGAAUACAGAGGAGGAAGAAGUGAAAAAUGAUGAUCCAAAUGACCUGCAAGAUGAGAGUGUUGUCAUUAAAGAUCAUGCCAAUAAAAUGGUUAAAGGAGAUCCACGAAGUGUUGUGGUGAGCAAAUUAAGUAUCUGGGAAACAGCAAAACCGUAUUUCUUACGACAGAGAUUUCUGCAAAGAAAUGGUUUUUUACGGGUAACCUUUGCUGCAUUUGAAGGGCAAGAAGAUGCAGGUGACAAUGGUGGUUCUCGUCGGGAAUUUUGCCACUACUUCUUGGAGCGAUGUCUAAAGAAAGUGGGACUUUAUUCAGUAUGUUCAUUAGAAUUUAUCUUUACUACUAUGAUAGUCCAUAGGAGGCAACUGUUAGUUGUUGUUUAUGACUAUUUAUAAUCUGCAUUAUACAGUUGAAACUUGAAAUUGCAGCCAGCAUUCACAUGUUUAUUAGAAUCUGCAGAUUCUACACCUUAGUUUUGAAAUCAACAUACCAAGUUAGUUGGUUGAAAAAUAAUAUUAAAACUGUAUUGCCAUGGUACUUGUUCACUGUUGCUGUAUAUACAAUACACAGAUUACACAUAAUCAUAAAUAUUUUUCAUACAUUUGUAGAUACUUCAGAAGGACACAUUAUCAGGCCCAAUUUUAAAGCCCUACAAAGUAGUGCAUUCUCAGAGGUGGGAAAAAUGCUCGCAGCAAUGAUUGUUCAAGGAGGAGAGUUACCCCGUAUUUUCAGCCACAGUUUAUGCCAGUACAUUCAGGGUGGAAUUGACAAUGCAUUUCCCCAAAUAGAUGAGGUAGCAGACAUAAUUGUACAAAAGUCUUUAAAGAAGGUAAGCAAAAGCAAUGAGUAGUGGUAAUUACAACACAAUGAUCUGGUUAGUGGUUUCUGCACUUCACUUGGUAAUACUAGAAUUCUGUUUUUAGGGUUUGUAAUCCAAGUGAAUAUAUAUUACAUUUUAGAACCUAACCAGGAAUAACUGCGAAAAAUGCAGCACAAGGUCCUCUGGUAGGAAUUGAGAGGACCUUGUGCUGAAUUUCUCACAGUUGUUCCUGGUUAGGUCUUCAUAUAUAUAUAUAUAUAUAUAUAUAUAUAUAUAUAUAUAUAUAUAUAUAUAUAUAUAUAUAUAUAUAUAUAUAUAUAUAUAUAUAUAUAUAUUUUUUCAAGACCAUUGAAAAACACUACACUACCCUAGGGCCUACUAUUGUAUACAUUCAUUGUAAAUUUUAGUUGGAAGAAGCAAACACCCAGCUUGAUGUCAACAAAUGUUGGACUGAAUGCGAGUGGAAAGUAGAUAUAGAUGGAUUACCUUUAAAGAUCAAUCUCAAUGAAAGACACAUGUUGGUUAAUGAAAUCACCAAGUACUAUGUCAUCAUUAGAUGUAAAUCUAUGCUGGAUUAA